UGUGACAGUCAUCAUCAGAGAAAGAACGUUUUCUCCGUGUAUACUUAAUAUUGUCAACAUGGGCUUUGAGCUCGAUCGUUUUGAGAGCGCAGUGGAUCUCGACUUCAUCUGUAAACUGUGUGGAAAAGUUGUGGAGGAGCCUCUGGCCACCCCGUGUGGACACGUCUUCUGCGCCGCAUGCGUGCUCCAGUGGCUCUCCAAAGUCCACAGCUGUCCCAUCCAGUGCCAAAAGAUCACCAGCAGCGACCUUAAUCACGUCCUGCCCCUGAAAAACCUCAUCUUCAAACUAGAUGUGAAAUGUGACCACCGUGCUCGAGGCUGUAAGAAAGUGAUGAAGCUCCAUCAUCUCUCUGAGCACACGGACACGUGCGACUUUUCUCCGGUUAGAUGCGGGAAUGAAGGAUGCGGCGCGGUGAUCCAUCUGAAAGAUGUCGCAUCACACGUGCGGGAGACAUGCGCAUACAGACCGGCGGAGAUUUGUGAGGAUGGAUGCGGACUGAUGCUCACCAUCAAGGAGAUCACGGAGGACCAUAGUUGUCUUCAAGCGCUGAAGGCGCGCAACGGGCUUCUCCAAAAUAAAGUGAUGGCGUUGGAAAGAGAGCUGAAGCGACGGUGUUUGAGGUUUAAUAUGAGGGAGAGAUCGCUCCUCACCAAACUUUCAGCGCUUCACUACGAGCUCAACACGACAGCGCGGAGAUUUCAAGAGAAAAUCACCGAGUACAAGAGCAGAAUUGACGCGCUAGCAAACAGCUCCAAUAAGGGAGACAAUACAAUGACCGUCAAAGUGACCCUCCACAGAGCAUCAGGAUCUCUGGGAUUUAAUAUCAUUGGAGGACGGCCAAAUGAGGCAAAUGGAAGGAACCUUUCCCAGGGCACCCAUGAUCAUGCAGUAGAGACCUUUCAAACAGCCGAAGAGCCCAAUGAGGUCCAGAUACGGUGCAGGACGGCACACAAAACUCAAGGAGUGGACAGCAGUACACAAACCAACAUUACUCUGAAAUAUCUGAAACAUUUAGAGGAUAAACUGUCCUCUCCAUCAUUGCCACUGGGUUUGGCCGUGCUGGAUAGUUACCUUUCACCCACAGGCAUACAGAGAGACAUUAAAAGCAGAGGAUUGGAUCAUGAGAUUGAUGCAGAAGGUGUUGCAGCUGAAGAUGGCAGAAUCCAGCAAGCAGAUCCGAUUAUCCAGAGCCUGCAUAAAGAAGAUGGAGGUACUACUGAUAUGGCAAAUAUGCUGUCCAACCGUCAUGAGAAAGACAGCGGUGUGAGCCGCACAGAUGACAGCAAUCGUAAUGAUGAAAGCUCAGAGCCAGAGAUCCUGGGGGACGACUUGAGCUUUGUUUGGGACACUCUUCCAGGAAACCACAAGAAGUACUUCAGCCAGGACACGAUAGGCAGUGGAGACCUGCACCUGCGUAAUGACUCCUUCCUGUCUGUUGACAAUGUAGACUGUGAAAAAGUCCUCGAUAUACCCGGCAUGGCUUGCGAGGACUUACGAGAACUGCUUGAAUUGAAAUUCCUGCUGAAUGGAAACAGUCCUUGUGAAUAUCUGGAGCACGAUGCCAGGCUAUACAGAGAGAGUAUUAGUUGGGAUUGUGAUGACCUUGAUAUUCAGAUGCUCAGUGAGGAACUGCUAAACAUUGAACUUGAGUGUCUAAGCAUCAUACAGGCACAUAGAAUACAAACAGGGGAAGGUCUACAAUCCAGCAAUGAUUCACGUACCAAGCACCUUACCAAGCAAAGUGUGGAAAAAGUCCAUCAAGACCUCAUUAAUAAGAAAGUGGACAAGGAAAGCUCUAGUGCCUACAACACUGGAGAAAGUUGUUGGAGCAUUCCUCCUGCUGUAGAACUUUCGGACUUCCAAAAUUUGGUUACAGAAGACAAAGGGAAAAGUUCUCCCAAGCAUAGACGCAACUCAACAACAGCAACAUGCUCAAAGCAUCUUCUUUCUCCUAUUCAGGAGGCUACCCCCACCAAAAGUAACUCUCCUUCAGGAAACUCAGAGGCCACAAAAGUGGAAAAAACUAAGCAGAAGUGGAAGAACCACCCAGGGAAAAGGCAUUCCCCAUACAAGAACACCUACAUCCCAGCUCAUGCACAACAUUACCAAAGCUACAUGCACCUUAUCCAGCAAAAAUCAGCUGUUGAGUACGGCCAAAGUCAAAUCAGCUUAGCCAGCUUGUGCAAGAACCCAGAGACCUUCCCCUCGGACUCCAGACCCAAGAUGGAAUGGAAGGUAAAGAUCCGUAGUAAUGGAACACGGUACAUCACCAAAAGGCCUACGAGGGAUCAACUGCUGAAAGAGCGUGCAUUGCGCAUCCGAGAAGAACGCUGUGGCAUGACAACCGAUGAUGAUGCUGCAAGUGAACUCAAACUGGGUCGAUACUGGAACAAGGAGGAGCGCAAGCAGCAUGCAGCACAUGCCAAGGAACAGCGGCAACAGAGGGAACUCAGGAAGCAGUGCUGCGUGGAAGGCAAGGAGCAGGCAGCAGCUAAGAAAGACAAUAUAACGCCAGAUAUUAUCCAGCUCAGCCACAAAAAGAUGAUGAAAAAACGGAAUAAGAGAAUACUCGACAACUGGAUGACUAUUCAGGAGCUGCUGACACAUGGCACAAGGUCCACAGAUGGGACAAGACUAUAUAAUUCCUUUCUCUCUGUGACAACGGUGUAA